CAGCCGGACGUCAUUUGGCGGAGCACUGUGAACAGACGAGCAGGAAGGGCAUAGAGACCAAUAUGGCGUUGGCCGGUGUGUUACCGCGGCUCAGUGUGUUUCGGCUCACCGGGGUUCGGUACUGCUCCGGUUUUCGGAGUGCUUACAGCUUAGAUAAACUGUAUCCGGACAGCACAAAGCAGCCGGCUAAGGAAAGCGCCCAGAAUUACAGAGACAUUCCCGUUGAUCGGUUGACCAUCUCCUACAGUAAGAGCAGCGGCCCUGGAGGACAGAAUGUUAACAAAGUUAACACAAAGGCUGAAGUGCGUUUUCACUUGUCCUCAGCAGACUGGAUUCCUGAGGAUGUCCGGCAGAAAAUCUCAGUGCUUAACAAAAACAAGAUCAACCGAAGUGGGGAGUUAUUUGUAGUUUCAGAAGUCAGCCGUUACCAGAUGCGCAACUUAGCAGACUGUCUGGCCAAAAUCCGCGCUAUGAUUUCUGAGGCCAACCAAAAGCCCAAAGUACAGACAAAAGAAGAUAUUGAGCUUCGGAAAGUCAGACUUCAAAAUAUGAACCAUGAACGGUUACGGCAAAAGAAGAUGAAUUCCUCCAUAAAACAGAAUAGGAGUGUGAGCAUGGACUAGGUGAUGCCAAGCCUACAGUAGUGGACUUUGU